AGCUUUGCUGCUGCGUUUCAUGAUCCUCUCUAUCUCUCUCUCCUCCCUAAAAUUCCUUACUUUGACCCUUUACUCUUUCAUUCCCCCCCUCCCCACCCAAAAAAACUUUUCUAGGGUUCCCUCUCUUCUUCCUCCCACACCAUUCACCCCCACUUCCUCCAUAAACCUCUCUCUCCCUCUGCACCUCUCUCUCCCCCUCCGCAUUGCUCAAAAAUGGCGUCUUUCGCUCCCUCUUCUUCUCUUAACCCAAAACCAGUCUCAGCUCCGCCUUCAUCCUCCCCGGAUCUUCUCGACGACUCCAACGAAGACUCCUGCAGCAUCUGCCUCGAGCCCUUCAACUGCGACGACCCAGCAACUGUCACAAAGAAGUAAAGAAUGCCCAAUUUGUUGGCAGUUAUUUUCCCUGAAGGAUCCUGCUUGCCAAGGGCUUCUAGCUGCUAUACAAAAUGAGAGGAACUCAAGGUCAAGAAAAACAUCUUCCAUGGCACCCCAAACUUGUGAUUCAUCUGAGGACUUUGAUGUUGAGCACGAAUCUUUCUCAGAUGACUCCGAUUUGGAUGAGCGCAUCAUGCAGCAUCUUGCUGCUGCUUCUAGCAGAGCUCGUUAUGCUCGCAGAAGGGAAAGACAGAGAUCAUCUGGGCUAGGUCCUUCCCAUGUUUUUGUUUUUUCCAAUCAUGAAAAUGUGCCUGGUUUCCAGCAAACAUACCCAAUUUCUCCAGAAGAUUUGCCAACUUCUCAAGGGCCAUCGGUUAUUCAAUCUCCACCAUCUUUUAUCUGCAGCACUGCUGCCAAUAGUGAUAUCCCGUACAAACCAAGAAUGCUUUAUGGCCGGCCAUCACCUGAUGGUCCACACAGACCAAGCCCGUCCGAGACUGUCAAUUUGCCUGAUUCUAUCAAAUCCACGUUGUCUGCUGCCUCAGCCAGAUACAAAGAGUCAAUCUCAAGAAGCACUCGGGGCUUUAAGGAAAAGCUACUUGCUCGUAACAACUCAGUCAAGGAGCUGAGCAAAGGAGUUCAACGUGAGAUGAAUGCAGGAAUUGCUGGUGUUGCAAGAAUGUUUGAGCGCUUUGACCUUACUCCAAAGAAACCUGCAGCCCCUACUCCUGUUUCUUGCCCUAGCGGAGGAGGGACUUCAAACUUAUCCUUCAAGGGAAAAGGUGUGCUAGAGACUGUUAUUGUUCAUUCUUGUAAUAAUAAUGGGAGAGUUGGUGAUGAAAGUUCAGAUGCACCCUCUCGUGUCAAAGCUGCUACAGCAGACCGAGUUGAAGUUUCUUCUGCACAGAGCGGACACUGAUGCCAUACGGAGUUUGGAUUUGGCUCAACUCCUAAUAGGUUGUGUUUAACCUCUAGAGUGCACGGCAUGUGUUUUACCUGUCAAGCAUUAGACACCCCAGCAAGUGACGUUAUGCGAAGAGCCAAACCGCUGGUUGGUUUUGCGUCCUGCUCGUUGCCUAUUUAUGCAACAUAGAAACCGCAGUUGAUGAGUUAUUUCUCCUGCCCUGCACAUUUUCCUUUCCUUUGCUUAGUAUUAAGUGGAUUCUGGUGGGAAUUCCUAAUAUAUAGCAGUCGUCGCAACUGCUUGAACUUAUUUUAUAACAUACAUGUCCUGCGUCUUUUGUUUUCA